CAGGCAAAUCUUCCAAACCUUAGGCGGCUCUUUGUAGAAGCUCGUACGGAAGCAGAAGAGAGCGCAUAUUCAAGAACUGCGUUCUACAAUAUCGUGUUAUUUAUAUCUUCGGUAGCAGUGUUCAGUCUGAUUGCUCAACACGCUAACAAGGCGAACAACUGCUUAGCUUGA